ACAAUGGCGUAGGGUUUCGCUCUCGCGUCCAUAUAAAAGCGAAAAACCUCCCUCGACCCAGACGCUGCGCUGGGAUAACAAACACGAACCCUAGCGACACCGAGCCGGCGAAGCCAGAGCUUCGAGAUCAUCCGCCGGAGCGACCGCCACUCCCAAAAUGACUUUCAAGCGCAGGAACGGCGGCCGCAACAAGCACGGCCGUGGCCACGUCAAGUUCAUCCGCUGCUCCAACUGCGGCAAGUGCUGCCCCAAGGAUAAGGCAAUCAAGAGGUUUCUCGUGAGGAACAUUGUCGAGCAAGCUGCUGUCAGAGAUGUCCAAGAAGCUUGUGUCUAUGACAAUUAUACUCUUCCAAAGCUGUAUGCCAAGAUGCAGUAUUGCGUGUCCUGUGCCAUCCACUCCCAUGUUGUGAGGGUUCGAUCUCGCACAAAUAGGAGGAACCGUCAGCCUCCGCCGCGCUACAUCAGACGUCGUGAUGAUUUGCCGAAGCCUGGUCAGCCUGGUCAGCCUGGUCAGGCACCUCGUGUUGGAGGCCCUCCUGCUCGGCCCUGAGGCAAACCGAACGUACUAUCGCAUCAUCCCAAUUGCUCUUGAUUGCAUGGAUGACUUUCUAGGACCGAUUUUUUUUCGUUUGAAAGUUUUGAUGUUUGAUUGCGGCUGCCCGUCUGUACUGCAUAAGGAUUAUAUGGCUCUUCUUUCAAAGUCAUUGUUCAGAUGCUAGAUACCUUAUUCAAUCAAUGUGAGCAUCUAGACCAGGGGAUUAAGUCUAAAAUACAUAGUAUAGGCGACUAUACCUUUGCCC